AUGGCUAAAGUUGCAUCGUUUGCCAAAAGUUCCAGAUGGUCACUUAAUGGUUUGGCUGCUCUUGUCACUGGUGGCACUUCUGGAAUUGGGCAUGCAGUUGUAGAGGAGCUAGCUGGACUUGGUGCAAAAGUGUACACAUGUUCCAAGACAGAAUUGGAGCUUAAUGAGCCAAUGCAAGACUGGGCAGGCAGAGGCAUUCAAGUAAAAGGCUCAGCAUGUGAUGUAGCUUGUAGAGACCAAAGAGUGAAGCUCAUGGAAAAAGUUUCCUCUGAAUUUGAUGGGAAACUCAACAUUCUUAUAAACAAUGUUGGGACAAACAUUUGGAAGCCCACUACUGAAUAUACUGCAGAAGAAUAUGCACAUAUGAUGGCUACAAAUUUAGAAUCUUCAUUCCAUAUGUGUCAACUUGCUCAUCCUCUUCUUAAAUCAUCUGGAGCUGGGACUAUUGUUUCCAUGUCUUCUGUUGCUGGUCUUGUCCACGUCACCGGUACUUCUAUUUACGGAGCAACAAAAGCGGGAAUGAUUCAGCUUACACGAAAUCUGGCUUGCGAAUGGGGAAAACAUGGUAUUCGGGUUAAUGCUGUUGCACCAUGGUUAAUAAACACGCCCCUAGUGAAACAUCUGCUCAAGGAUAAAGAAUUUCUGGAUGCCCUAAUAUCAAGAACUCCUCUUGGGCGUUCAGGAGAAGUGGAAGAAGUUUCAUCCCUCGUCGCUUAUCUCUGUCUUCCUGCUGCUUCUUAUGUCACUGGACAGGUUAUAGCAGUUGACGGAGGAUUCACUGUCUAUGGCUUCCAGCAGCCUGGCUAUUAAUUAAGUAAUGCUUCUUGUUUGAAUAAAAGUCUUGAUCAUAUCAACAUGUUAGCAUUUGCUCAUCUUUAGUGUUGCUAAUGUGUUAGACAAGCGAUCGAUGUUAUACUGAAGAUUAUACUUCAGAACACACAUUCUAUCUUUUAAUGUCAUCACUUUUCGUCA